GAAAGGGCGCGGCGCGCGCGGGAGGCGGCAUGGAGGGCCGGCUGCCCUACGAUGAUUUCCCGGUGGUCUUCCUGCCGCCCUACGAGAGCCCGCCCGCCUGGGUGCCGCCUCACGAGAGGGUUUACCACCCCGACUACAACAACGAGCUCACGCAGUUCCUGCCCCGCACCGUCGUCCUCAAGAAGCCUCCCGGGGCGCAGCUCGGCUUCAACAUCCGGGGAGGAAAGGCCUCGCAGCUGGGGAUCUUCAUCUCUAAGGUGAUCCCUGACUCAGAUGCACACAGAGCUGGGCUGCAAGAAGGAGAUCAGGUGCUGUCUGUAAAUGAUGUGGAUUUCCAGGACAUCGAGCACAGCAAGGCUGUGGAGAUCCUGAAGACAGCCCGUGAAAUCACCAUGCGUGUGCGUUACUUCCCUUACAGUAAGUGCCUGCUAGCUCCAAAUCUGGUCACCUAGCACCGUUUCUCCUUGGGCAAGACUGCUCUGCAUCCCUGCUGAUCCACCUGGGCUUAGCAGUGAUGAGUCUGCAAUUGUAGGUGUUGUCACACAAGCAGUGUUCAGAUCAGAAAACACUGGUCUUCAGUCUGGGGAUCAGAAAAGUUACUGAUUCAAAACAGCAGGGAUUAGCUUCAACUGCUCACGCAUAGAAUCUUGUAGAGCAGGACUUAAGAAAACAGUGCUAAAAGCUGAGAUGGUUUCUCAUGGAAGUGUACAAGAACCUGCUUAUCCUUGAGUAACACAGGAACCAGUUCUGUUGCUAGCGGACCUAUGCUGAUGGUAGAUAGACACUGUGUUUUCAGUCCAUCUCUAUAAGGAUGUUUAAAUAUUGCCAAGGGGAAAAACUUCUUAGCUAUUGAUUUCUGAACCCAUAAUGUCCAGAGAUACUCAGAGGGAGAAAGGAGGAGUGGGGAAAGGUCAAAUGAAGCCAAACAAGGAUUCUUCAUAAAAUAGGGAACUGACCCUUAAAUGUAAGUAUAGGAAAAUAAGCAGCAAGGGAAGAGAGGACUUCAAAACAAGCACUGAAAUAACUUGAAACAACUAGCUGAGAUGUGAAUGUGCUAUUUUAAAACCAGCUGCUAUUUAUGAAGGCAGCAAACACUGCAUCUAUUAAUGAAGUAUAAGCAGAAUUUGUUUUCUUGUAACAUCUUGGCUAGUUUCUCCUCACCAUCAGCAACUGCUCUCCUGCCCCUUCAGCCUUGCCUUCUUUUUCCUGUCCAGAUUACCAGAGACAGAAAGAAAGAACUGUUCACUAAUAGGCAGCUGUCUGCUGUGUCCUCUCUGGAGGAACUGUCCUGCAAGAAACUCUCCACUACCUUUCCUCAACAUCUGAGAUGAUGUAUUAAGUUUCAGUUGUCACUGGAUGCACAACUGCACAGGUAUCAGCUCUGCUCCCUGCUUGAAGGAACACCACAGCCUAUUUAGCUGGAAGAUGGAUGGGGCUUCAGUCUGUUCUCCUGGAACUGGAUGAUGAAACAAGUUGGUGGUGCUGGCAUGAAAGUGGGUACCAGGGGGCAGCUUGUCCUGACAGAACUAUGCUUCUAUUCUAGUAGGAUAUAAGUUAAAAGGAGGGCACUGCUGGUUCUGGAUCCAGCCCCUGUUGCUAGGAUGUAACGCCAGGAGUGCCCGAGUGCACUUUAGCAGAGCAUGGCCUUCUCUAAGAGAUCAACCUGUUCACUUCUCUGGUGAUAUGAAGUCCUUUCCUUCUCCACUAUUCUACCUCUGCUCUACACUACUGGGUUUGCUUGGUACUCAAACAGGAGUAAAAUCCAGUCAAACUCAAUGCACAACUCUAGCUGCACUAGUCUGCCAAGGCAUGUGCAUACCUUGUUGCUGCUUAUCCACUCCUGUGAUACAGGACCAAGAUGCUUGGAGCAUGUUUCUAAACUGCAGUAGCACAUAGUCAGGUUCCCUUACAUGUUGUGCUUUCACUGUUAAAGUUUCACUUGCUGAACUUGCUUCCUUCACUUGGCACAGCCCCCUCCCUUUCAGGUGCUCCCCUCAGAGCUCCCUACCCCUUUUCCUCUGCCUUGGGUACGUUCUCUCCUGCUGGGACAAUUCACCCUCCUGCUGCUGAAAUGGUGACAUGGUAGCUGUUCUACUGAGACAGGGGACAAAGCCUGCCGUGCCUUGUGCUGGGAGGGCACAGAUGAAAACACUACAGUUUAUCAGCAAAGCUGGACACAGAUGUAGGAUAGUAUCAUACUGUAAAUGGUAUUAGGACAGCCCUUGCUCUGGCUUUCUAUGCGGUGUUUUCCACUCACUGUAAUAACUGAAAUAAUAAAACUAAUACAGCAA